AUGGCGGUUCUCUUUCUCUUAGCAGCUUUGCUGCAAGAGCCAGUUUCAAGCACCUUGUACGGAUCCAGGUUUUUGGCAGGUGAGAUUGGAGGAUCGGUCACCCAUCAGUGCUUCUACUCUAUCAUACCAGCCAACAAAUAUGACCGAAAAUACUGGUGCAGAAUAGCAGGAAACGGAGUUUGCUACACCAUCAUUUCUACAACCGGCUACAUCUCAAAAGCCCACGCGGGGCGAGUGUCUCUCGAGGACAUCCCCCAGAAAGGCACCUUCACGGUGACAAUGACAGAGCUGAAGAAGAGCGACACGGGGACCUACCGAUGCGGCAUCGGCACCACCAACAGAGACCUGUACGUCAGCCUGAACCUGACGAUUUUGGCAGAUGCCGGUGCGUUGGGGUCGACCGAGCUCGUCCAGGGAGAGCUCCGCGGCUCUGUCACGGUCCUGUGCCCACCUGGGGACACCCAAGGCAGCAAGAAGAGGUUCUGGUGCAAACUGGGGAGAACCGGCUGCACUCUCAUAGCCGACUCCGAUGGCUACGUGGGAAAGAGUUACCAAGGACGAAUCUUUAUCACCGCUCAGGAGAGCUCUGGAGCUUUCAAAAUCUUGAUAAAUGACUUAAGAAAGGAAGACUCGGGGCUGUACAGGUGCGGGACGGGAAGGCUCAGCGGCCAGGACAGCCCGCGGAUGGUGGCUCUGCAGGUGACCACAGCCUCCACCCUUCCCAAGAGACCAAAAUUUCUCAGCGGCACAGUCGGAGGCUCACUGUCCGUGAAGUGCCACUAUGAUCCCAAAGGGAACUACGAGAAGAAGUACUUGUGCAGGUGGAAGGAAGCUAGCUGCUCACUGCUUGUGGAUGGGAAUGGGUUUGUGCACGAGUCCUACAAAGGGCGAAUACGAAUAGCCAGCAGCAACCAGGAAAAUGGGACUUACACCGUGGUGAUGAGCCACCUGAGAGAGGAGGAUGCAGGAUGGUACUGGUGCGGGGCUAAAAACGGGCACACAGAGCACACAUCCUCCAUGAAGCUGCGCAUCCAGAAGGUUAUUGGCAAGUAA